UGUAACGCAACCAAGCUGUCGAAAUCAUAUUUGUUUAGAAAUGGCUCGCACGAGAAACAGUGUAUUGGAAACAAGAACCUCAACCCUGAAAGGAAAGUUUCUUUUUUCAGCAGGGUGACAUACUGGUGGUUCAACAGUGUUAUAACUUUAGGUUAUAAGAGACCCUUGCAGAGAGAAGACCUCUUUGAAUUAAGCGAUGAUGACUCAUCUUACACUGUAUGCCCCAGCUUUGAGAAACAGUGGAGGAAAGAAAUUAUUGGGCCAACUGAGGUACCAAGAGAAGAUGAGGAAAGCCUUUUGGGAAAAGGAAAAAACCAUAAGCCCUCUUUGCUUCGUGCUUUAUGGCAGACAUUCAGAAGGCUUCUUGUUCAGAUUGCACUUCUGAAAGUGUUGGCAGAUUCUUUGGCUUUUAUCAGCCCUCAGAUACUCAAGCUCAUCAUUGCUUUCUGUGACAAUCAGCCCAUGUUCGAUUGGAAUGGUUCUACCUAUGCAAUUGCCCUUCUUGUGGCUGCUGCCUCUCACACCAUCGUCCUCCAGAUUUACCAACGCUUCAACAUGCUGACUGCAGCUAAGAUCAAAACUGCUGUGACUGGGGUGGUGUACAAGAAGGCCUUAAACCUGGCAAACUGCUCUCGAAGGCAGUUCACGACUGGUGAGGUUGUGAAUUUAAUAUCGGCGGACGCCCAGCAGCUGAUGGAUCUGGCUGUGAACCUGAACCUGCUUUGGUCAGCACCAUUCCAGAUCCUGUUGGCAGUCUUCUUCCUGUGGCAAGAUCUGGGCCCCUCAGUGCUGGCUGGCAUUGCGGUUCUAGUGCUUGUCAUACCGUUGAAUGCAGUGGUGGCUUCCAGAAUGAAACAGCUGAAGAAAAGUCAAAUGAAGACCAAGGAUCGACGGGUUAAACUGCUAAAUGAAAUUUUGCAUGGAAUUAAGAUUCUGAAGCUGUAUGCAUGGGAGCCAUCAUUUCUUCAGAAGGUAGUGGACAUUCGAGAAAGCGAAAUGGAGGUGCUGAAAUCUUCAGGAUACUUGACUGCGUUUUCCAUGCUGAUGUUGACCUGUGUCCCUUUUUUGGUUUCCUUGGCAACGUUUGGAGUCUUUGUAUUGGCAGAUGAUGGGAAUGUUUUAACUGCAUCCAAAGUUUUUACAUCAAUCUCCUUGUUUAAUAUUUUGAGAUUGCCACUAUUUGAUCUGCCAACUGUAAUUUCUUCAGUUGUUCAGACAAAGGUGUCUCUCAGUCGACUGGAGAACUUCCUCAGUGGAGAAGAACUUAAACUGCAAGAUGUUCAGACUGAAUACCUUGGAGGCCAUGCUGUAGGAUUCACUGGAGCUUCCUUUCGUUGGGAUAAGACUGGACGUCCAGCUUUAAGAGAUCUGAAUAUGAAAAUACCAGAUGGAUCUCUGGUUGCAGUGGUGGGCCAGGUUGGUGCUGGAAAAUCAUCCCUUCUGUCUUCUAUCCUUGGGGAGAUGGAAAAGGUUGAAGGCCUCGUCCAGAGAAAGGGUUCGGUGGCAUAUGUUUCCCAGCAGGCUUGGAUUCAGAAUGCCACCUUACAAGAAAAUAUUCUCUUUGGCUCAGAAAUGAAUGAGAAGCUGUACCACGCGGUGUUGGAGGCAUGCUGUCUCCUGCCCGACAUUGAACUUCUGCAAGAUGGGGACCAAACAGAAAUUGGAGAGAGGGGAGUGAAUCUGAGCGGCGGGCAGAAGCAAAGAGUGAGCCUGGCGAGGGCUGUUUACAGUGGCGCUGACAUCUACCUGCUGGAUGAUCCCUUGUCAGCUGUUGAUGUGCACGUUGGAAGACAACUUUUGGACCGAGUGAUUGGACCCACUGGACUCAUGAACAGCAAAACAUGCAUUUUAGUGACCCACAGCCCUGCAGUUUUACCUCUUGCUGACAUGAUAGUGGUAAUGGAAGAUGGCAAGAUAAUUGAGAUGGGAUCCUAUCAGAAACUACUGUCUGACAGGCAGAAGUUUGCAGAAUUCCUUCAGGUUUAUUGCCAAGAAACUAAAGGCAGCCGCUCCAGUGCUGAAGAAAAUACAGAAAAACUGAAAAGCAGCACAGUCUUAAAAGAAAUAUCGAAAGGGCACUCUGAAGAAAAGCAAGGCCAGCGUGUAAUGAAUAAGGAAAAAGUUGCAACUGGAAAUGUUAAAGGAUCUGUUAUCAAUAAAUACCUACAAUCCUUUGGGUGGAUGUGGGUUCUUCUCACUAUAGGUGCCUAUGUAGGCCAGAAUAUCAUUUCAGUGGGACAGAACUGGCUGCUUAGCACCUGGACAUCGGAGGCCAAACAGGUGCAGGAUCUGGCUGAAUGGAAGGAUCUCAGGAACUCAAGACUCACCAUCUAUGGAUUAAUGGGUCUCAUGCAAGGUUUGCUGGUAUGUUGCGGUGCUUUUGUCUUGACCAGAGGGACUUUGCAUGCCUCUCGAAUUCUGCAUCACCAGAUGCUGGACAGCAUUCUUCAUCUUCCUCUUCUGUUCUUCGAGACAACCCCUAUGGGUCAGGUCAUCAGCAGGUUCACUAAGGAUAUCUUUACAAUUGAUGAGCGUUUCCAUUACUACCUCCGGACCUGGUUGAAUUGUAUGUUGGAUGUGGUGGGAACCGUGCUGAUAAUUACUGUCGUCACACCAACUUUUCUGUUGGUAGUCUUCCCAUUGGCUGUCCUUUACCUUACUAUUCAGAGGUAUUACAUUGCAAGUUCCAGACAGAUUCGUCGGUUGGAUGGAGCAUCCCGCGCCCCUGUGAUCUCACACUUCAGUGAGACUCUGUUUGGUGUGUCUACAAUCCGAGCAUAUGGAUACCAGGACCAGUUCAUUAACCAGAACAAACAAGUAGUGAAUGAAAACCUGGUCUGCUACUAUAACAAUGUCAUUUCAAACAGAUGGCUGGCAGUGAGACUGGAGCUGGUUGGAAUCCUGAUGAUAUUCCUAGCUGCCCUAUUCAUGGUUUAUAAUACAGACAGUAUGGAUUCUGGAACAGUGGGUUUAGCCAUGUCAUAUGCUUUAAAUAUCACUGCAACUUUGAAUUUUUGGGUUCGUAAAGCAUGUGAAAUAGAAACCAAUGCUGUGGCUGUUGAAAGAGUUUAUGAAUAUGCUGAAAUGGAGAAAGAGGCUCCUUGGGUCCUAUCCAAAAGACCACCUCAAAGAUGGCCUAGCCAAGGGAUUGUCAAAUUCAUUAACUAUGAAGCUCGAUACAAGAAAGAACUGGAGCCUGCUCUGAAAGACGUAACAUUCCAGACACUCAGUCAGGAGAAGGUUGGAAUUGUUGGAAGAACUGGUGCAGGGAAAUCAACCCUAAGUAACUGCUUAUUCAGGAUCAUAGAAGGGGGGAAAGGCAUUAUUUUAAUAGAUGGUGUUGACAUAGCCAGUAUUGGGCUACAUGACUUGCGUGGGAAACUCAACAUUAUUCCACAGGACCCCAUUUUAUUCUCGGGGCCCCUCAGGUUGAACCUGGAUCCAUUGGAAAGGCAUUCUGAUGCAGAGCUGUGGCAAGCUCUGGAAAUAUGUUAUCUGAAAGACUUUGUGUGCUCGUUACCGAAGCAGCUGCACCAUGAAGUUUCAGAGGGGGGAGAAAAUCUCAGUGUUGGACAACGGCAGCUGAUCUGCCUUGCACGUGCCUUACUACGGAAAACAAAAAUAUUGAUCCUAGAUGAAGCAACCGCCUCUAUCGACAUGGAAACUGACAACUUGGUCCAGCUGACCAUUCGGAAGGAGUUCUCUGACUGCACCAUACUAACUAUAGCUCACAGGAUACAUACAAUAAUGGACUCGGAUAGGGUGCUAGUUUUGGAUUCUGGAAGAAUUGUAGAGUUUGACUCUCCAAGCAAUCUGAUCCAGCGAAAGGGUGUUUUCUUUCACAUGGUUUCCGAGGCUGGCAUAAUUCAGAACAAGAGUGACUCUGUGAGUCAUUGGGACUGAAACAGUCACUGGCUUACUUGACGUACUGUAGCAUUUUGAACACCUAAAGCAAAAAAAAUGACAGAUAGUAAUUCCAAACUAUUGGUCUUUUCAAGUGCAUUUACAUGGGGUAAGGGUCCUUAUAAAAUGAUCCCAGUAUGCCAAGGUUGUUCCUGCUAAUUAAUUUCAAUUAAGGUAUUAGCACCUUAUCAGUCUUCCAAAACCAUAUACUGUAACUUAGAUAUGUUCAUUUGCAGUGUUUAGUUUUAAGGAACACUCAGAUAUUUUAAUACCUCACUUACAUUUUAGAAUAACGUAUUUAUUUUGAACCAAAACUAUUCAUUUUUAACCUGUUACUUGAGUCCACCUUGUUGGACUUACAGUAAAUCAGAAAGGCAUAUGUGAUGCCCCUUAGGUCCUUAAUGAAAGAUUGUGCUAAUAAGGCAGGAAGUAAUUUAAAAUGAAAGCAAUACUAGUAAUACCAAACUACAAAACAGCAGGAAAGCCUAUAGUAAAUAUACAUUACGUUGAUACAUCAUUCAUGUGCCAACAUCUGCCACCAUGCAAAUGGAGUUAUUGUCAUUUAAAACAUUGUUUUAUUAUUCUCAAUAACUAAAAGGCAAUGACAACGUAUGCAUGUAAUCAAACCAAAAAUAAAUACUUAUUUUUAAAAAAGCACUCAGCACAAGUAAUUGCACAUAACCUCCUGUAGGAAGUGUAUUAUUGUCUCAAGAGUAACUGAGCAUAGCACAAACAUAUUUUAAACUGCCCUGAUUUGCAGUACAAAACAGUUCAACCUGCUAUGUAAUAUUUUAUAUUCCACUACCAAACAACCGCUGCUGAACUUACCCAAUCCCAAACAAAACUGAUAACGAAUCUUUUGGUUUUCAGAAGAUUGUGUAAGGCUUGUGUAUUUAUUGUUGACACACAAUAUGUGGGUUCAAAAGACUUUAUUGGGAGAGCGCACGGUAUGUUCAGCAAUAUAGUCAUGGAUAAAUGCAUAUUAAGUUUUCUUGUUGCAGAAUCAGGGGCCUGACAUCCAUGAUGAUACUUUUCCUAAGUUUCUUCCACUUGUUGUGCUUUAAGGUAUGGUAUAGUACAAUAGGAUUUUAUAGAUAACACAUGGAUUAUAAUAGCCAAUGAUUUAAUACAUAAUAUUGGGAUACUGUUUCUAAACUGCAAUUUGUCAGAAAACUAUUUAAAUCUUCUUUUCUUCUUUUAUUAAAAACCUAAGCUUGCUCUUGUAAUUUAAUCUGAUUUUUACUUACAAAUCACAAUGUUGGCUUUGCUUAUAACAGUGCCGUUUGGAAUAAGAAAAAAAACUUUUGUAUAUUGCCCCUUAGAUGUUUCUUUAAUUGUUUACAAUUGUUACAAAAGAGUUAAGAAGUCUGUUUCUGUUAAUAAAGGUCAGGACUGUUUGCCUAAAAAAUAUAAGAUGCUUUUCUUUUAAGAAAAUACAUAUGCAGAACAUGAUUUUGUUUUUGUUUUGUUU